AGAAGAAGCUCGUAUCGUACCAACAUCACCACAAGAAUACUCUCCUCUUCCCAUCGUUCGCUCGUCCCUGCAUCACCAUGCUGCUCAUGAGGGCUGCGCCGAUGGGCUACGCGAAGGUGGACAAGGUGGACGCCGAGGAAGCGCGCCACUUGAAGGCGCAGUUCCUGAUCCACAAGGCGCUCGAGAAGAAUGCGCCGAUGAGGCGCCCGGCAGCGGCGGCAUCGUCGAGAGGCGGCGGGUGCCGGGUCGUCAGGCCGUCGAGGAUCGGCGUCCGGCUGAAGCGGCUCAGGAUCGCCGUCCGGAGCAUCAGGCUGCGCGUCUGCCGGGGCGUGCUCAAGCACAUCAGGAACCUCAGGAGGCUCGGGUGUUCUCGGUCUUGAAUCGUUCGAUCUCUUCCUGCUGAAAGAGGUCUUAUUCAUGCCUUCGACACUCUGCGCAAUGGCUAAGAACAGCAUCUGCGCUUGAAGUCCCAAAGAAGAUACAUGCGUGUGUGCGUGCUUGUGUGUGGAUGUAUAACAGUAGUAUGUAAACGGAGCAGAUCGGCAAUGCUUGCUCCUGUUUCAGGCUUAUGUUUAUGCCUUGCUUUUCCUCUGGAAUCUGUUCUUGUUAGCACUGACAGUUGAUGGAAAUCUUCAGUUUU